AUGAACAGCGUCGGGGAAGCGUGCACCGACAUGAAGCGCGAGUACGACCAGUGCUUCAAUCGCUGGUUUGCCGAGAAGUUCCUCAAGGGGGACGGCUCCGGGGACCCGUGCACCGACCUCUUCAAGCGCUACCAGCAGUGCGUCCAGAAAGCCAUCAAGGAGAAGGAGAUUCCCAUUGAAGGACUGGAGUUCAUGGGCAAUGGCAAAGAAAAGUCUGAAGGCUCUUCUUGAUCUUUACAGUCACCUUAAAAUUGUACUUCUCUGAGGAACUCUGGAUUUUGUCAAUUAAGACUGUGAAGAGAGCCACUGAUUUGAGGAGGAAUUUACAGGGGAGUUUUAUUUCCUCCUCCUCGAUCUUUUCCUCUCGUAAAAGAUGAUGGACCAUCACUGCUUUGGGACAAUUUUCACAGCUUUGGCACCUUGAGAAACUCAGUAAGCUAAAACGGAAUUAUUUUUUGGGAUUAUGGUUGCAAUAACUUGAUCUGGAAUCAGCUUUAAAUAUAUACCUGUAUGUAAAUAAUGAUAAACCUGUCAGCGUCGCCUGACCUUGAUUUAUGCUGCCAAAAGGACAUGAGGUACACUCAACCUUGCCCUUGCCUUGGGGCACUGUUCACGGAUGUGAUUGAUUAGGACAUCUCUUUUUCUCUCAGGGAGCUAAUGGUCUGAAACGGGAUCGUGGUAACAGUUUCAAUCAAUGCUUGGGAGCAGUUUUAUUUUUUAUAUAUUCUAACGCUUACUACUGCUGAUGGGAAGUUAGCCCAGAGGAAGAAAACUUUUAACCCAAUUAACAUAGAGGUGUCAGAGCUCACAUUAGCACUUGAAAGGUUGCAGUGAAUGCCAUGUCAGCUCUGUACAGCUCAGGAGUUCUUGAAGUAGCUAUGGAGGAAGCUAAAACAAAAUUAUUUAUUGGGAUUACAAUUAUAAAUUGUAAAGAUUUGCAAUUGCCAGUUUUCAACUCAAGGUAAUGAAUUAAGUCAAAACCUGCCAUAAGAUGCCACAAUGCUGCAUCUCGUUAAGUAGGGAGAGGGAAGAGUUUGUUUUGUUUUACUUGCCUCAUUUAUCCACUCUGCCCUGCCCUUGUAAUCAUAAAGAUGGAAUAAACUAACAUUUAUUUCUAGCAUUACUUGCCCCUGGAACUCUGCACUUUGAAGUUAUCCUGUAAACUCCAUAUAUCCCUAUUUUCCUAGGAAGCAUUUUCUAAUUUAAAGGUGAAAACCAGACUUAACUCAGGUAGUAUGGUAUAACAACUAGAAGCCACUGGUUUCAGAAUUCCCUGGGCAGAUACAGAGGAGGGCUGAUUGUAGGUGUGGGUGUGUCUAUGUGUGUAGGGGGACCUGCUGCAGUCCAACACAGUCCAGCGCCCUGAACACUGAGGUGUAGCACUGGCGGUCCCCAGCACCUCCGGGCAUACUCAAAAAAACCAACCAAAACAAGGUAACAUCUCUUUUUUUUUUUUUGCUUUUUUGGAUCACACCUGGCGAUGCACAGGGGUUACUCCUGGCUUUGCACUCAGGAACUACUCCUGGCGGUGCUCAGAGAACCAUAUGGGAUGCCGAGAAUCAAACCUGGGUCGGCCGCGUGCAAGGCAAAUGCCCUACCCACUGUGCUAUUGCUCCAGCCCCGGUAACAUUUAUUUUCAAGUAAAGCACACAAAUCUUGUUUGUUUGUGUGCCCCACCUGUGCUGCAGAGUCCCAUCUGGUAGUGCUUGGGGGCCAUGUGGUAUUGGGGAUCCAAACCAGGCCUCCUGCAUGCAAAGCUAGUGCUAGUGCCCCCAACCCAUUAACUGUCUGGCCCUUUUUUUUUUUUUUUUUAAAGAAAAGGGCUUUCUUUUUUUUUUUUUUUAAACCUUUAUGGGUUACACCUGGCAAUGCAGAGGGGUUACUCCUGCUCUGCACUCAGGAAUCACCCCUGGCAGUGGACCAUAUGGGAUGCUGGGAAUCAAAUCUGGGUCAGCUGCGUGCAAGGCAAACGCCUUCCCCGCUGUACUAUUGCUCCAGCCCCAACCAUGAGUAUCCUAAAAUAUUUUAUAAUGACAUAGUCAGGAGAGGCAAGCAUUUACAUACUUCAGAAUGUCCUAUUUUUUACAGUUGCUUAGUUUGGUCCAAUUUACCAUAUGCUCAGAUAGUAUAGAGCUUCAUUAUAGAAGGGAUCACUAAAACUUUGUAACUGUUGUGCACUUAAGAGUAAAUCUGCUUUAAGCCAGCCAUGUAUGUUUCUUUCUUAAUUGCUACUGAGGAAUUUUUUUUUUUUUUUUUUUUGCCUUUUUGGGUCACACCCGGUGAUAUGCAGAGGUUACUCCUGGCUCAUGCACUCAGGAAUUACUCCUGGCAGUGCUCGGGGCACUAUAUGGGAUACUGGGAAUCGAACCCGGCUCGGCCUCAUGCAAGGCAAAUUCCCUACCCACUAUGCUAUCGCUUCAGCCCCGAGGAAAUGAUUUUUUAAAGAUUACCUUCUUCUGCGGCAGGGUUUGAACCAUACCAGUGGUAGUCAGGGGAGCAUGGGGUAUGCUAGGGAUCGAACCCGGGCUUCCUACACACAGCAUAUGCAUCAGCCCUUUGAGUAUCUUCCUGGCCCUUUACCUUUUUGUUUUUCCAGCUGUCCAGGAUCAAACCCAGGGCCUGAUGCAGGUAAGGCUAUGUGCUCGAUUGCGGAGUCACAUCCCAGCGUGAUUUCUCAUUGCUGCUCAUGCUGUGUGCGGUGGGGAGGUAUGUGGGGUGUUUUUGUAGCACCGUGUCCCUGGAACCAGCACUGGGGAUCGGGCCCAGGACUCCCACAUACAAAGCAUUCACUCCAGGCCAAAAACCAACAGAAGAGAUGAGACAGGCUCGAGUGCAAGCUCCCCCCCUCCCCAUACUGUCUUUGACUUUAUCCUCCCCAGUAAGGUGACUCCAGCUAGCUACUUCAAACGCUUUUUUUCCCCUGGGGGUGGGGGCUUUCCAAACACUGCUCAGGAGGCCUGGGGCCCCACCAGUUCUCUGCCAACCAGGAUGGCGACUCAAUCCAAGGACCUGAGAAUGUGGUGCUAUUUGGGCCCUGCAGUACUGGGGUACCCUGGCCACCCCGGCAGGCUAGGGACCUCCAGGGCUGCACCUGGGGCUGCUCCGGUGACCCUGUGCUGAGGCUCAAACCUGGGUCACAUGUGCCCUACACACUGUACACUCUGCUGCCAGAAUUGUUUUCUAUUGACUACUGUUGUUUCUCCCUGACUGGUAACAGCUACAGAAGGUUUUGAUUCCAGAAAUAAAGCCGGUACUCUAAUAGGGAUGCCAGCGUGUCUUCUUCCUCCCAAGGUUUCCGGCCCUUCCAGCCUUUGGUGUUGACAGAUGUCUCCAAGGUGAGAACUUACUGUCUUUGGAGAAAAUGAUCUGCCCACAGGAGUAUUCCGCAGCAUGCACCCGUAGAGGGGCUGGGUGUGUCUCCCGUGGUCGAGCACGGGCCUAGCCCAGAGUUCAUAGGACUGAAGACCAGUCCCAGUGAACAGAAAGCUGAGAUCCAGGCAGCCUGCCUGAGGCUCACAGGGGACUCCCAUGAGUGAGCCAGAUCCAGGUGCAACUCCCUCGGGAGCCCGUCUCAGAAUUUCCCCAACCCAUCUCGUCCUUCUGCCUUAUCCAGCCCCGGAAUUUUACUAGAAACACCUUUGGUCAGGGCCUGAGCAGGUAAGGCAUUUCCCUUACAUGUGGCUGACCCAGAUUCGAUCCUGGUGCUUUAUAUGAUUUCCGAAGCACCACCAGGAGUGAUCCCCAAGUGCACAGCCAGGAGUAAGCCCUGAGCACAGCUGG